GUAGUAGUCUGCAAUGGCGCGGUAAUUAUCACGAUCAAACAAGUGCUUAACCUCCCUUUCUCAUGUGUUCGAAGGUGGUUUCGUUUGAGUUUAUGGGUUUUAUAUAUUUGUUUUAUUAGUUUGCUUUGAUUGUUCUCUUCUCUUUAGUUGAGUAAACUGUAAAAUUUGAUACUGAGGGAACUUAGGAAAUUUUGACACAAUGGAGAAAACUGUAAAGGAAGAGAUAGCUGACUUGCUGGGUCCAUGGGAAAGUGAACACUGCCCAGACCAACAGCGUACUGACACUGAUCAAGAAGACCCUAGGGCACAAACACAGUCAAAGAAAGAGCCACAAGCGGGUGACACCGUGAAAAUGGAGGAACUCGAGGAAGAAGUAGAUUUUCUAAAAACAUCAAUGUUAGGACUAGUGGACCGAUUACGUAGAAGCCAAGAAGACUCGCCUACCAAACCACUACUUAAACCAAGGGACAUACCCAUCCUUGAAAGAAGACACUUGAAAGGAGUAGAAGGAGGAGGCAGAUUAGAGGUAUUCCUUUCCCAGAUAGAACAAUGCACCCCACGGGGGGAAGAUCGAAAAAGAAUAGCUUUGAGUCGAGUAGACGCGGAAUUAGCGGUUUACAUUCAAAGCACUCUGAAGCAUGGCCCGGUUGUGGACUGGGAAGAAUUCAAGAUAUCACUGAUCAAAGAACUAACAGAUCAGAGUAAAGGAAAGGUAUUCGACGCCUUAAAUGACCUCAAAUACUCAUAUGAGGAAGACGCGACCGAAUUUGUCACCCAACUUAAAUGCAAAUUCGCACUCCUAGAGGUAAAAUCAAAUCCAGGAGAAGUGCCAAAGAGGGAAAAGUUGAUAAAAACAAAGUUGCUAAAGGGAAUGCCUCGAGAUAGUAGAGACAGGCUAGAAAUAUAUAUGGAUAAUCACGUGCCACUCGACACCUUUAUGGAAAAACUAGAGGUGGAACGACUAGUAGCCCUAGCAAGGAAAAAAGACAGUGUCUUUAUGGUGACGGACGACGCUCCUCCAGCUGGUGCAUCAGGCACGGGAGCAUCACCAGUAACAUCCCCGAAGGCUGAAUCCUUGGCCGAACCUACCGCCUUAGCCUCCUAUCUCGAUCGAAUCGAGCGCAGACUAGAGCGGUGGGAAGAGCAAAAGAAACAACAUCGAGAGAGAAGGACAUCCGUGUACUGCCCGUAUUGUAGGUCCACAACACACGACGUGCAGUCAUGUUUUAAGAAUCCGCUUCCCGGUUCGUGUUUUGAUUGUUUGAGGAUGAACUGCCGAAGAGGGUACCCUGGUUGUCCAGGAAGGAAGACCUUUCAGACACGGUGACUGGCGCAAGCUAGGUCCCCAAUAAUCACAGUCAACAUCAAAAGCCAUAUGCUAGAGGCCCUGCUCGACACUGGUA